CUCUCAGAGUCUAUAUAAACGGAGUCUUCAUACGAGACCGAACAUUUUUUGUGUUAACACUGGCGAGUCGUGGUGCUCGCCUGUCAAAGAAGCUGCGAGCCAAUGAAUGCCAGUAUGGUGUGUGCGACGCGUAAUACGAAAAGCCACAGUUAAAUCGUAUACGACAAGCUUCGGUUUGGAGCGACUUCCUUCAAAGUGCGGUGACGAAAAGCAGAGGGAAAGCUUCAAGAGCAAGGAGAUCUACGUAGUGUCGGAUAAUUUGUGUGCCGAGAUUGCGGUUUACGCGCGUGUGUCAUGGUUAAAUUCAAGAUGCUAUUUGCACUGUUCUGCGUUCUGUUAAUUGGACAUCAUGUACAAGCGGUAGUCAACAAGGCGACCUCGCAAGUACCGUUAACCAAGGAAGAAAAGAAAUCCAAGGCCAAAGCCGAUGACAGAAUAAGUAAUACUUUCGAUUCUCCAUCUGACGAGUAUGGGCCACCGUUGGGAUCUGGUUUUAAAGGACCAGCGCCAGUAUAUGGGCCUCCGGAAUUAGUCGGCAAUCACGGACCAACGCCUAUUUAUCCACCGCCACCACCGGAAUUGCCGCCACCUGUAUUUGGAUCGUUGGCAGUCUCUUACGGACCACCACAAAGUAUCAAACCGCAAUAUGGACCGCCAAAACAAAGUUUCGGUUUGGCAACGUCUUCCUUGCUUUCUAAACCUACUUAUGGCCCGCCAAAACUUUAUUACGGGCUACCGAAACAACAUUUUACGCCACCGUUGGUUUCGUUCCCGCCGUUCAGAUCACUGAAACCUCAGUAUGGUCCGCCAUUAAAGCUUGUCGGUACAUCGAGUCAGCAAUAUAUACCGCCUAAGCCAGGUCACGGACCACCUAUCCCUAUAUCGCUCGAGACUUACGGCCCACCACCUCCGAAAUUAGCUGUUCAGUUUAAUCCUCUGUCCAAUGACGAGUACGGUCCACCGCCGCCGCCCGUAUCUGCGCCGCAACCGCAAUACGGUCCACCAGCUGGUGAUUUAUACGGACCUCCACCGCCGGCACCUCCACCAGGAGUUCCAGCGCCACCCACACCUCCUGACAUAAAGUACGAUGGAUGGCAGCCCAUCGCGGGAUUGGCCACCACCCCUAAUCAAAGUGGUCCUCCGACAGAUACAUACGGUCCUCCCCUCGAUGCAAAACAUAAUUACGUCGAAAGUUCGUCGGGAUCGCAAUUGUCUCACGCUUCAUUAAGCAUUUCAAUGGAUUCGAAUGUGCCUAGUGAUUCUUAUGGUGUGCCGUUGCAAAAUCCUGAUGAUCAAGAUUUGAAGACAUCCGUGCACGAGUCCUCGGCUUCUUCGGAGAGUAAUGGAUUACCGCCACCGCCGUUACCACAGAGCGAACCCUUGCACAACAAUCAAGGUCCAGGCGUCAUCUCUACGACGAGUCAAUCUGAUCACCAGUUUGGUCGACAACAAUUAAACUUGCAAUAUGGAACGCCAAACGUUGAACCCUUAUCCAUCAUAAAGACAGUAGGAUUUGAACUGUUACCUACAACUGACGCUUUGAACGCGGAUUUCUCAGGUUUAUCACUGUCAGGUGGUACUUCUGAUGUUUCAUCAUUCAAUCAUAUCUCGAAUUCGAUUAAUACCAAUUCCGCUCCACUUCAUUCGGGAUUAGAAUUGACAUCGGACAAUGGUGGUUCUCAUACAGAUGUUCUAAGCAAUGGCGGGAAUUCUCACGGACUUCAAAAUAUAAGAAACAAUUUGUCCUUACAGCAAUUACCACAGCAAACGCCGUCGAGCGAUUAUGGUUUGCCUUUAACUAUUACUACUUUUGGAAAACCUGUUGACCACAUAUCAGGAGCAUCUUUACUUGCUCCUCCACCUUUAAAUUCUUAUGGUGCACCAUCUUUUUCCUCUUAUUCAUCUAAUGGAGCUUAUUCUGUGGCGCAUGGAGGACGAAGUCCAGUAUUUUCAUCAUUUGGAAUAUUUGGAAACUCUUUUCACAAACAGAAUUUGCAUUCUCAUCGAUUUCAUGGUCCAUUUAAACCACCACCAAUUCCUCUUGGCUCUUUAAUACCACCACGAAAUCGAGAACCGAUUAAAUUCAGAGAACCAAUACCAACGGGACUUUUAUCAAAUAUUAAUCGAUAUCUGUCGCCACCUACAAAACAACAGUUACCAAAUCUUCAUGUGCCAGUAUCUUUUCGCCAUACCUCGGGAUCGAGCAAUUUAUUUUCGGGUUCUUUCGCGUCAUCUAGUUCGCUUAACGUUCACAAUUUAAAUUCACCAAUUGCCGCGCCUCACGUUCAAUAUGGAACGCCAUUGUCGUUUACCGAUUUUAAUACACCGGCACCACAUUUAACUUAUGGAGCACCUAACUUUGGCCCACCGACUUCUUUCAUUACCUCCGGAUUUGGUAGUAAUCUCUAUAGUGGAAUUAGCAACGCACUAACAACAACAUACGGCACACCUGUAAUAAACGCGCCAUUAUCAAUCGGCAGCAACUAUGACUGCAAUUCCUUGCAGCCACUCUUGCCCGUGAACGGGGCGUUGCAUUCAAGUAGAGGACUAUCCGCGACCGGAGAGCUACCUUUAAGCGGUAAUUUACCUUCAGGCGGAGAAUUGCAUUCCAGCGGAGGGCUACACUUGAGUGGAGGCUUAUCCUCAGGUGCUGGAGUGCCCUUGAGCCAGGAGUUAGGUGGUGGAUUACCCACGCAUUCUAGCAGCAAGUUGCAACUCGGUUUCGAAAAUUCAGGAGCUUCCGCUGGAAACAAUCCCAAUCCAAUUUUUACGGGAAGCGAUUUACCCGAGGUCAAUCAUCAAAAUUCUAUUUUUGCGGAUAACGCACUGCCGCUUACGAAACCACUCGAUAAUUUUCUAGGAGGGCCUCCGGUAAACACAUUGGACUUACAACAUGACGAACAACAGAAGACCAAUCUAAAGGAUAGCUACGGCAAUCCUAUAGGACUAACUUACGAUUCGUCCAACGAAGCGAGUGAUUCCAGAACUGUUCACGCAUCCGCCACAGAUAUUUCGAACGAGCUAUCCGCGCAUUUGUCUAGUCAGUCUCGCAAUACCUACCCCGCGGUAACAUCGUUCGAACACGGCUCGGGAAUAUCGGCUGAAGCGCUAACAGCAAGUUUGACCGCCCAAGGUUUCAGCCAAGAAAAGAAUAAUGAAUUAAAUGAAGUGGACGCUAGUCAAUUUCUAAAAUCGAGCGAGGGUAGUGAGGCAUUGUCUCUGGCCCAGAGACUGACCGCUGACAAUGCCGACGGCUUUGAAAUUCAUGGUUCCAAAGGCACUUACAGAUUACAGAUACAACCAGCUGACGGAGGACUGGGCACUGAGAAUUCGGAUGGCAGCAUCAGACAUGAUCAAGUGUUAUCCAAUGGCCUCCUUCAAGAUAUAUUAGCCGCUAUAGAACAGCCGGAGAAUAAUGCUAUACAACUUCAAGGUCCGCCACAGGCUCAGCAAUUGGAUAAAGUUUUCGGACCUGAUUUGCAGGAAACUGUUACUAAUGGUCAUUUUAUCACCGUAGAUAAUCAAGCACAAAAUAACGGAUUACAAGAUCGUGUCGAGAAAAUUAGCGAUAGGAACGACGAUAAAAAAUAUUUAAAAAAUCAAUCGUCAGUGGCUUUGUUUUUUGAUACUAAAUACGGGGAAGCAAAAAAAGAAAUUAGGUCGGUAUCCAAAAACGAGAUGCAGACGAGGGAAAAUAAACAGAACAACAAUAAAAUAACAUCCUCGUAAAUUAAUUCAUAAAUGCCUUUGUGAAAAUAUUUUAUAGCCUUUCUAACGAUAGCUUCAAUCGCUGUAAUACAUUUCUCAGAGACUUAUCAAUUUCCAUUUCCGUCGACGAGAGAAAAGAUAUCGCUGCUAACGUGAUGCCGUUUAUUUUCUUUGCUUGCGGGUGAUCAACAAAGUCGGCAAAAGCUGUAUCUGUAAUCAAAUAAUUCUUGCAUAUUUGAAAAAGGAUACGUAACGAUACGAUGCCAUUCUCUAUAUUCUCUUUCCUUUCAAAUGUAUAACCGCGUGCAAAACAAUUAUUUCUUUAUAUAUCUCUUUACAUACGUGUUAAGAAAUUUUUAUUUCAAAAUAGAAUUGCGAUAAAUUCAAGAUGAAUUGAUGUUCCGCAACUCAAUGUUGAAACUUUUUACCGAUUUAUCUUUUUACAUUAUUUUCUAAAAAUCGUUCAAGCAAAGACAUGAGAUUGUAUAAUUUUUGAUAGAGAAAAAAGAUUCGAAAUAUUUAAUUAAUUGGAAACUGGAAUUAGAAGGCAUGAAAUGCGCAAACACGAAACGAAAGUUUAUGUAAUCCUUUUUCUCUUAUUUCCUCAGUAAGCAAGCGAAAGUAAUAAUUACUCGUUGGUCAGUGUAUCGAUAACGUCUUAUUACAGACGAAUUGUUCAAGGAUUCUCGCCUCUUACCAAGAUUACAGUAGAAAUUGUACGAAGAAAUGCCGAGUAUCAACGGCAUUUUUAUCGUGUGAAAAGAUUUCACGUCCAUGAGUGCUGAUCCUUUUUAUCAGGUCAAACGUUUGCCAAGAUCCGACCAAGGAUUCAGAAUACUCCGACUUUUUCGUGUCCUCGCGUCAGCGGCUUAUCUUAUCCUCGUUCAUGGAAAUCACGUUGGCUCGAUAGUUUUUUCGAGAACGAGGUAUCGGGGAAUUAUUUAAUAUUGAACGAGAUUUUUGUCGGAUUAUUGAUAACUGAUGCCACUAUCUUCGAUUCGAUUCGAAAGAUAUGUGGUAUGUCUGGCAUUCGUUGCUCUCGCACAAUGCAUGAAAAAAUGUUAAGUUUGGUACGAGAAUUUAAGCGACAUUUAUUAAUACGUAUGUAGGUCAAUAGGUUACGGCACCGCUCUCGCGUAAUCUAGCGAUACGGUGUACCCGCGAAAAGCCGCUUGGUCGUUUGCCGGUUGGUAGAAACUGAUUGACGACUUCGUAUCUUUCGCGGUUUCAGCCUUCGAGGUGAAAGUUCAAAACCUCGUUUAACGACCCGGCAGAAUAGCGAUUCCUAUGAGAAUCUCGUUCCGAGUGAAACGCAUUGCUCGUCUCUGCGGGCGUGCAAGUGCGCCACGCUUGGUUUUGCAUGCCUUUGUGGCGAUAAUCGAUGGAUGUGCGGACUUUACACCGUCUAAUUCGGUGUUAGGUGCGUGCGAAAAAAUACACAUACAUUCCGUACGCGUACUUACGGCUGCACACAGCGGAAACAGUGGAACAACUUCGAAACGUCGAUUACUAUCGGGCAUGAGGAAACGCGAGCGAUAUACGUUAUUUCCUUCCGCCACUCGCGUAUUAACGACUUUUACGCGACGCGAGGAUUUGCAGUUUUACGCGUAAGAUGAAAAUGAACGCGUAUCGUGAAAGCGCACCGUUAAAGCCCCGAGUGUGGCAUAAUCUUGAAGUUCUUAUAUUUUUAUGCCCUUUCGCCUGCAAAACGGUUAUGCAUAACUUGGUGUAUUGCAGAUACGUAAAAUAAGUAGAGCGUAUAGUUUUAAGAGACGCUCAUUGUUACAAAGUACGCAGUGACGAUACUGCCAAGCCAUAAAACGCGUCCAUUUGCUCCUAACCCAUAUCCACCUUUUUUUUUUAGAGUUUUAAUUUAUUAUUUAUUAUAUAUAUAUAUAUAUAUAUAUAUGAAGUCUUAUCUUAUAUCCGAUGAGCAAUCAAUAUGAUCACUCGCCGGAUAUAACGAUCUUAUUAGCUUGUACUCUCAUAUGCUCCUCAUGUAAAUAUACGAAUACUUUGUAAAUAGAA